AUGGGGAUUGCGGCCCUUGGCAGACUGCACCUCUGCCACGACGCAGAGCCCAAUGAAGACGGGGUCUUGGUGAUUGCUCAGAGGCGCCUUCCGGUGCAGGAGGAUCUUGUCCGAGACCAUUUCAUGGCACUGUUGGCUGUGAUUUUCGAGAUGAGCAUGUACGUCGUCUACCUCCGUUCCAGCCCCGCUCGCUUUGCAGCUUUGCUCGUCGACCCAAAAGAUGAUCUUCAAACGAGUCAAUUGCAAGAUGAGAUCAUGAAAAGCAUCAGAGAGGAGUGGAAGACAAUCGUGCAGAUGGAGAACAAGGCGAGCUCCAACCAGCUGCUGCAACAGAGGUGCUGUUUCACGCGAUGGGUGUGCUACCGCGAGCCGAUGACAUGCUUGGAGCUGGAACAAUGGUCCAUGACGGACAAGGCCAGGG